AUGAUUUCACAAAUUCUAGUAAGUGCCUUACUUAUCUCCACUGUAUAUGGUGUAAAUGUAACAGUACAACACUAUGGAAAAGAAGAAAUAACAGUGUCCAUAACCGGCAUGGAAGAUAUUAAAAUGUUACCCGGUGCAGUGCAAAUGGUGAGCAUGGAAGAAAAUUGGUCCGGAAACAUCUCAGCCUGUUCUGAAGUUUGCGAUGGGCCUAAAACAGUAGCUGAAUUGAAGUUGGGUGCAGAACAAGACCAAUAUGUUGUAUCUGUAGUAAAUGGAUUUAAUCUUCCCAUGAAGCUUAUCCCUGAAACUCACCAUGAGACUCACUGCAAAGCCUCAGUAUGCGCUGCCAAUGUUUUGAAAAUGUGCCCAGAAGAAAACAGGGUUGUGGACUCUUUGGGAAACACCGCCGCAUGUCAAGGAGUACCAGAACUUUUGAAAGCUGUCUGUCCAGAUGCUAUUGUUGAAGAAACUGAAAGGAUUACGAAGGAACAAUGCUGCAAAGCCCUAGGAUAUUUAGUUCUUAUUGGUUGA